UUUAGUUAAAAAUAAGUCAUAAAAAUAUAAACAAUAAAACUGAAGUAUAAACAAUAAAAUUAAAGUAUAAAUUAUAAAAUAUUCAAGUUUAAUAAAACAAAAAUAAAUUUGAACAGAGAUUAUAAAAUACUAGAUAGAGAAAAUAUUAAGUCAAACACCCAAGUAUGCGUUGCUGUUUGUGGAACUUUGUCGAACAAUCUCUUUGUUGUUUUUGACGCAUAUAAACGCAUACAUGAACUUUGUUUUUGUUCUACUAAAUCAUCGCAAGGAAAAUCAACGUCAAGCAACGCAUUGCUGAGGACUUGCGUUUUUCUCGUUCAAUCGUUCGUUGUUUUUUCAUAAUUCAACUCGUCAUACGAAGGUCUUUAGCAGCGUUGCUGUCUGCCAUCGACUUUGUCUUUUUGUCUGAUUUUGUGAUUUGUAAAUUGGUUGGUUGUGGCGAGUAUUUUUUAAUUCACAUCAGCAGAAAACUGUAGAAGGAAAAAAAUAAAAGGAAAAUAUACUGAAUUUUUCAUCUUCUGUGGCAGCAAAAGUAUAAAAUUAAAUUUUUUCAACUUGUGAACAUUUUAUACACCCUCAUACAUAUUUUGGUUUUUAAGGGAAAUUGUUUAAUUUUCCUUAAAUAAAAGCUAAAGAAAAUGAGUGUCGAUGUAUCGGGAGAAAAUCCACCACCAGCCCAUAAUGGGGGUACUGCUGAGGUCCAAGUGAAUGGCAUGAGCAAUGGUCAUAGUAAUGGCCAUAUUAGUAGCAGCAGCAGCAAAUCUCAUAAAUCGUCAAGCAAGGAUAAACAUCGUGACAAGGAUAGAGAUCAUAAGAGCUCUUCGUCGAGCAGUCAUAAGAGCAGCAGUCGCGAUAAAGAAAAGCAUAGCUCUUCUUCGUCGUCGAGCAGCAAAGAUAAACAUCGCGAUAAGGAUCGUGAUGAUAAACAUAAAAGCUCUUCAUCGAGCAGUUCUAGCAGUCAUCGUGACAAGGAUAGAGAACGUAGUGAUAAAGACAAACAUAAAUCAUCUUCUUCAUCGUCAUCUUCUAGCCACAAGAGUUCUUCAAAGGACAAGGAUAGACGUGAUAAAGAUAGAGAUCGCAAAGAAGGCUCUAGUAGUUCUAGCAGCAGAGAUAAAGAUCGCAGUGAUAGAGACAAGGACAAGGAUCGUCAUCACAAGUCAAGUUCUUCUAGUUCUCGCGAUAAAGAUCGUGAUAAGGAUCGUCAUCAUCGUUCAUCAUCUUCGUCGUCGUCCUCGUCGAAACAUAAACAUUCCAGUUCUUCUUCGAAAUCAUCAUCCUCUCACGAUAAGUCACCCCGCAAGGAUGGUGAAUUUAUCAAGCCCGAACCCUUGUCUCAGCCAUCUAAUCAUUCGCAAGAAAAUGGUUUCAAUGGCAAUGUUUUAUCGCAUGAUAUUAAACAGGAACAGUUUACACAGGAUCCUCUAGAAACUAGCAACAGCAAUGGUUUCAACCAAACCUUCGAGGAUAAUAUCAAAAGAGAAGACGAAAGAAGUUUCAAUGUAUCUCAAGCCAGUUCUUGUGAUUAUUCCAUGUCCCAGUUCCGCGAUGACGAGCCACCGUUUGUGGCCAAGGAAGAAGACAGCAUCCAAGAAGUCAGUGUCAAGUCUGAAGAUGAUGAAUCACCAGAGGAGGACUAUAAACCCGAGGAAGAGGAUGAAGAAGACGAAGAUGAAGAUAUGCCAUUAGCCAUGCGUAAAACAAAAUCUCGCCAAACACCUCAAGAACAAAUGGAUGAUGAAGAUGACGAAGAAGACAUACCCUUAGCUAAACGCAAAAUAAAGGCUGAAGAAGAUAAUGACGACGAUGAGGAUGUACCAUUAUUGGCCCGUAAGAAACCUAAAAAAGAAUCGAAAUCAAAAUCCAAGGACAAGAAAAAGAAACGUAUCAAGGAAGAGGAAGAAGAUGAUUAUGCUGACGUAAAACCCAAAAAGAAAGUAAAGAAGGAACAUAGUGCAGUAAAAACAGAAACCGCAUCACCGACAAAGCGCGUUAAGAAGGAAAAGAAAAAUGAUGAAGAAGAGGAAGUUUGGAGAUGGUGGGAAGAAGAAAAGCGUGAUGAUGGUGUCAAGUGGAAUACUUUGGAACACAAAGGGCCAGUUUUCGCUCCUCCCUACGAACGUCUACCUAAGAACGUACGCUUUUUCUACGAUGGCAAACCUAUGCAUUUGUCGGAGGAAACCGAAGAAUGUGCUACAUUCUAUGCCAAGAUGUUGAAUCAUGAGUACUGCACGAAGCAGAUUUUCAACGACAAUUUCUUUAAGGAUUUCCGUAAGACCAUGACUAAAGAAGAGAAGGAAAUCAUUAAAGACUUCAACAAGUGCAAUUUCGAAGAAAUGCAUCAAUAUUUCUUGGCCGAAUCGGAAAAACGUAAGAAUGCCACCAAGGAAGAAAAGCUUGCCAAGAAAAUGGAAAACGAAGCACUGGUCAAAGAAUAUGGCAUCUGUAUUAUUGAUGGACAUAAGGAGAAAAUUGGUAAUUUCCGAUUGGAACCUCCGGGUCUUUUCAGAGGUCGCGGUGAACAUCCCAAAAUGGGUAUGAUCAAAAGACGUAUUCGUGCUGAAGACGUCUCCAUCAAUUGCGGCAAAGACUCAAAAAUACCUGCACCACCUCCAGGCCAUCGCUGGAAAGAAGUCAUUCACAAUAACACUGUCACUUGGUUGGCUUCGUGGGUUGAAAAUGUCCAAGGUCAAGUAAAAUACAUUAUGUUGAAUCCUUCGUCCAAACUAAAGGGUGAAAAGGAUCAUAUCAAAUACGAAACAGCUCGAAAAUUGGCCAAAUCCAUUGAUAAAAUUCGUGAAACAUACCGCAACGAAUGGAAAUCGAAAGAAAUGCGAGUACGUCAACGUGCUGUUGCACUGUAUUUCAUUGAUAAAUUGGCGUUGAGAGCUGGUAACGAAAAGGAUGAGGAUCAAGCUGAUACGGUUGGUUGUUGUUCAUUGCGUGUCGAACACGUACAACUGCACAAAUCGUUGAAUGGCAAAGAAAAUGUUGUGGUAUUCGAUUUCCUUGGUAAGGAUUCUAUACGUUAUUACAACGAAGUCGAAGUGGAGAAGAGAGUAUUUAAAAACUUGGAAUUGUUUAUGGAGAACAAAAAAACAGGUGAUGAUUUAUUCGAUCGUCUGAACACACAGGUUCUCAAUGAACAUUUGAAAGAGCUGAUGGAAGGUCUCACUGCCAAAGUGUUCCGUACCUAUAACGCUUCAAUUACAUUACAAAAUCAAUUAGCGGAAUUGACUAAGGAUGAUAUGACACUACCCGAAAAGCUGUUAGCUUACAAUAGAGCUAAUCGUGCAGUAGCCAUUCUGUGUAACCAUCAACGUUCAGUGCCCAAAAGCCAUGAGAAAUCUAUGGAAAAUCUUAAAGAGAAAAUACGACAAAAACGUGAGGCCAUCGAUGAUUGUGAAGCUGAAUAUCAUGAUCUUAAAAGACAGCGCGGUUCUGUUAAGGAGCGCAUUAAUGCCGAUAAAAAGGCCAAACAAUUGGAGCGUUUAAAGGAACAAUUGAAAAAACUAGAACUACAAGAGACUGAUAGGGAUGAAAAUAAAACCAUUGCUUUGGGCACCUCCAAGUUGAAUUAUUUGGAUCCACGUAUUUCAGUGGCCUGGUGUAAAAAACAUAAUGUACCAAUUGAAAAGAUUUUCAAUAAAACUCAAAGAACCAAAUUUUUGUGGGCUAUACACAUGGCUGAUGAAAAUUACGUUUUCUAAAUACCACAACACAACAAUUAACUUAGUAUUAGCUACUAAACAAACAAACAUCCACAAAGAAACCCACCCAAAAUUACAUGAGAAGAACAACAAAAUACUAAAAUAUGUAGUAUAAAAGCCUAUUUUCACUUUCACCACAACCACCAACAAUCAUCCAACAGACGGACGGAAACACAUAUUUUGUAUAUUGAGUUUUUAUCAAUAUUGAAACAAACAGUGGUUUUUGUUUUUUUAUAAAAUACCUACUAAAAUAUCAUAAAGUAAUUCAUAGAAUUAAAGUGAACAAACAAAACUGAAAAAGUAAUUUAGUGUUCAACAUUAAACAAAACAAACAUCAAGACACAUUU